AAUAAACUGCAUAACGAGGUCUCUGAUGAUGCGUCCCGCCUUGUUAUAUCUUUUCACAGAGACUGCUUUCUUUUUUUCAGCUUCACUUUACUCUUUACAUUUUACUUUUCUUAAUUUUCUUUCACAAUUCUUUGAUUUCUUUUGGUUUUGUGUCAAGAGAGACGUUGUUCUCUUUUUCUUUUUUGGGUCACUUUAAGAAGUCCCAAAAACAAAUUAGUCUUCUCUUUCACACUAGUGAUCAUAAGGAGAAGUCACAGAAUUUCAUUGUGCUCUUCUUUUCUGUUCUAAUGACCCCAACAUGAAAAUUUGGUCAAAUGAGUUCUGGGUUUCUUUCUUUUUCUUUUUCUUUUUCUUUUUUUGUGUGUGUCUAUUGAGUUGAUUUAGAAUCUUGUUUUUUUGUGAGUUAGUGACCAUGGAGGAGGUUGAACUGGCAAACAAGGCAGCUGUUGAGAGCUGCCAUAGGGUUAUAAGCCUUUUAUGUAAACCCAAAAAUCCAGUUCACAGUAGAGAUUUCAUGGUGGAAGCUGAAGAGGAGGCUGUGUUCAAGUUUAAGAGAGUUGUGUCUCUUUUAAGCAAUGAUUUUGGUCAUGGAAGAGUGAGAAAGUUGAAGAGGUUUAGAUCUUCUUUGCCCCAAAGUUUCUUCCUAGAAACCCCCAAUUCUAUGCCAAUUUUGGCUCCAAGACCACUCCAAGUGCUCCCUCCCAAUUUUCUUCAAAACCCACCUUUAGAAGUUGUUUCAAGGCCUCAUUCUUCUACCCAAAUGAGACAGAAAAUGUUUCCUCAAAUCCCAGUACUGGAUAUUAACUCACAUAUCAAGUCUUCUCUACAAGUUCCCCAACCAAAGCCCUCACAACACUAUCAGUUCAUUCAACAACAGCAACCAUUACAAACUCUGCAAUUUCAGCAGCACCCUAGGAGUAAUAGUUGCAUAAACAUGAAGUUUGAUGGUUCUAGUUGCGCACACACCAUGUCAUCAUCAUCUAGGUCAUUCAGAUCAUCUCUGAGCAUAGAUGGUAGUGUUGCAAGCUUGGAUGGGAAUUCAUUCAGUUUCAUUGGUGUGCCUCAAUCCUCUGAGCAGAUCUCACAACAGCACAGAAGGAAAUGCACUAGUAGUGGGAAAUGUCAUUGUUCAAAGAGGAAGAAACUGAGGGUGAAGAGAUCUAUUAAGGUACCUGCUAUUAGUAGCAAAGUUGCAGAUAUUCCUCCUGAUGAGUAUUCAUGGAGGAAAUAUGGUCAAAAACCCAUUAAGGGUUCUCCACAUCCUAGGGGAUACUACAAAUGUAGCAGCAUGAGAGGAUGCCCUGCUAGGAAGCAUGUAGAGAGGUGCCUUGAAGAUCCUUCAAUGCUGAUCGUCACUUACGAAGGUGAGCACAACCAUUCGAGAUUACUCUCAUCGCAAUCGGCCAAUACAUGAAACAUACUGGGCAGCGUCCAUUGGGAAACUCCUUUCCAAACCAGAUGGUUUUCAAUUGUGAAUUACUAGUGUAAAUAGUAUCUAGUUUGAAAUCUGACCAAAUAAUGUAUUACUGCUGCAAGUCCACCCUAAAUUACGGCUACUGUAAAAUAGGGAAUGAAAAUUGUAAACUUGCUUGUCUUCAAGAAGAUUGAUACUUGCUUUCGUUUCU